AUGGUUAUUCCAAAAUAAUUAUCGGUCUUUGUCAAUCUAACUAUUGGAAAAGGAUAUGUUUUGAAGAAAUGGAAUAAAGCAAAAGCCUUUCUUGAUAAGUUCAAAAUAAAAUAUCAAGUCAUUUUGACAUAAUAUCAAAAUAAUUGUCAUGAUUAUUUAUUAAAAGAACAUCUUUGA